AUGGACCCAGUGACUACAUAUGGCUAUGGAAGACAUUUUGAUCUGAUCACGCAGCAGCCUUCCACUAUCUCCAUGUUUCUCAAGCUUGUAUUCAUGACUCAAUUAGUAUACCUAAUUGCUCUGAACAUGAUCAAGAUAUCAUUCCCCGUCUUGUACAUGUACAUAUUUGUGCCCUCACGGGUCCUCAAAUCAUUCUGCAUCGCCGUGAUCGUACUGCUGAUCAUGGAGUGCGUUGAAGAGAUCAUGGUGGUCAUUCUACAGUGCCAACCUAUCCAGAGCGCAUGGGAUCCGACCAUCCCUGGUCACUGUUUGAAUAUGAUCCUAUUCUACUAUGUCAGCUUCAGCAUCAAGUUAGCGACAGACAUCGCAAUAUUCAUUCUGCCGAUUCCCCCCUUGCUCCGGCUCCGCGUUCGUGGGCUCCAGAAGUUCAGUGUAGUCCUAAUGUUCGCACUGGGAUUGCUAGUGUGCGUGACGAGCAUCAUUCGCGUGACUUACAUUAAAAAUCUCGGUCCAGACCAUACUUGGACUCUGGUUGCUCCCCUCAACUGGUCCGCGGUGGAACACAUAGCCGGCCGUGUCGCCUCGAGUAACAGGGACAGCACCACCAAUUCUCGGUCCUCGCGUAUUCGCUGUUUUUUCCUAGGUAGAGGGAAAGAGGCGGAUCGUGAGCAGCGGCAGAUGUCUCCUGACGGAACUGCUCGCGACGGUAUUCCACUUUCAGAGGGCCAUGUUCGUGCAAUAGAGAGCGUCUCCAGUGAUUUUGUCGGAGAGGUAUGA